AAGUAAUCCUAUUGUUUUCCUUGAACACACAGUUACUAUGGACAAUAGUUUCUAUCUCUCCGUUUAACAGAUACGUCCAGACCGCAAACGAACUUUAUUUUAUCAAGAUUAUAAAACGCCUGGAAACAGCCCUAUUGCUCACUGAGCUUCGUUACUCUUAAUGCCGGUAGUUUGUUUGUGCUUAUUUUAUAAAAUGGAGUAUGUGUCCUCAAAGUGUGCGGUUUUUAUUUUAAUAACACCCCUUACUUUGAUAAAAAGAAGCGCUCCCUAUCCGGGGUACCUGCCGAACCUGUCCUGCUGCAAUGCACACCCUUAAACACGAAUUGCAAAAUACUAUCCAAACACCAAAUACGAUCUGCAGAACCAAAACACAGGCCAGGUGAUAACAGUGCCAUUGAAACCGGUCCCGGCCAAACGCCACUGUGUGGGAGUGAAUCAUGACGGAGCGGCUGUUGUGGGAAGUUCGACUGCGAUUUCAAAGCUAGGACUGACGUGUUUUAUAAGUAAAUACAAGGCAGUGGUAACAUAAUAGAUGAAUGUGGGGGUAGCGCACAGCGAGGUGAACCCCAACACGAGGGUGAUGAACAGCCGGGGGAUCUGGGUGGCCUACCUCAUCCUGGUCGCCGUGCUGCACGUUGUGCUCCUGAGCAUCCCCUUCUUCAGCGUGCCGCUGGUGUGGACCCUGACCAACAUCAUCCACAACCUGGUGAUGUACCUGUUCCUGCACACAGUGAAGGGGACUCCCUUUGAGACGCCGGACCAGGGGAAGGCUCGUCUCCUCACUCACUGGGAGCAGAUGGACUACGGGGUGCAGUUCACCUCCUCGCGCAAGUUCCUCACCAUCUCACCCAUCGUGCUUUACAUCCUGGCCAGCUUUUACACAAAGUAUGAUCCCACACACUUCCUGGUGAACACAGGGUCCCUCCUGAGCGUGCUCCUGCCCAAACUACCGCAGUUCCACGGGGUCCGGAUCUUCGGGAUCAACAAGUACUGAGCCUGCGAGCCCAGGAGGACCCCCAGAGCCUGCUGUCUACUGCCGUGGGACGGGGAGGGGUCUGUGUGAGUAAGGGGGCGUGGAUGCAUGGAUGGAUGUAUGUAUGUUCUCCAAACAUGUGUGUGUGUGUGUAUCUGUGUGUGUGAGGUCAGGGUUUCGAGCCCCCUGGUUUUAACAGAGAGAGGGGUGGACAGACAGACAGACGGCAGGCUAAACAUCUUCACGACACGCACAAGCUGGCGCGACAACGUGGACCGAAACACACAGGAGACGGACACACUCUGAAAAGGGAACACAGUAACAACCACAGAUUAGAGGGGUCAACAGUCCCCAUGUUUCUUCAUGUAUUCUCCUCAAGUGUUCACUUCUCAUUGUGUACAGACUUGUUUUGGCUACCAAGCUUAGAUUCUGUAUGAUAAUGCAUCUAUACAGACUGCUCGUAAUUUAGGCCUUCAGUCAUUUUUAAGGAACACUUUUUGCCAAUAUCUAUUUCCUACGUAUUAAUCAUCCUGCUGUGUGUGUAAUAUUCUGUUUUGAAUUCAGUGCGCAACAUUAAUAUGCUUCCCCUCCUGACAGUGUUUGUUGAAGCACUUGUUUCUGGGAUAGCUGUAAGCAUGGCAAAUAAUGAUUUAAGCAGAAACAUCACUAGCGAAUCAUACGCAUACAAUAUUAUACAUUGUAGAGAAAUGUAGGGGAUACCCCUUUAAUUUCUGUUUGCUGUGAGAAAAUGUAUGUUUAAUUGUAGCUACAAAACCAUUUGAAUCUUAGCUGUGUUGUACUUUCAUUGGCUAUAUAGUCUCAAACGUACGUUUUGAAAGAAAUCCAUGUUACAGAAAACAUCUUUAAUUUCAAACCUGUUCUCUUUCUCUGCCUUAUUCUCGGGUUGUCUGUUUGCACUUCCUGGGUCACCCCAGCAGUGUCAUCUGGGUCAUGUUACUGGCUGAGAGCAUGUCAGUCAACAGGGAAAGCAGCUGGUUGGUUAUUGACAGGAAAGAAGAGAGUUGGGGACAAUUAUUCCCUCCAGGUGACCAGGCAAGUGCAACACUAACUGAAAGCAUGGCUUGCAAACAGAGAUUUCUUUACCCAGGUGUUGUACAAGAUGGGUUAAAAUAAAAAAAUAAAAUAAAAAAAACCAUGUUUGCUAUAACUGCACAUUUGAGUCGUACAUAGUAAAUCAAAAUGUACGACAGGUAAGAUUUAUGAAGUCAUUUUGAUAGCUUCAAUCACUUUAAGAGCAGUGCUAGCCUUAGGAGAAAUCCUUGUAUUUGCCAUGUAAUACAUUAACUCGGUGACAUAUAUUCAGGGCAUAAGUUGUGAUGCGUGAUGCAGUGUGAUGCGGCUCACUCUGCUGGCUGUGAUGCAGUGUGAUGCGGCUCACUCUGCUGGCUGUGAUGCAGUGUGAUGCGGCUCACUCUGCUGGCUGUGAUGCAGUGUGAUGCGGCUCACUCUGCUGGCUGUGAUGCAGUGUGAUGCGGCUCACUCUGCUGGCUGUGAUGCAGUGUGAUGUUCCUCACUCUGCUGGCUGUGAUGCAGUGUGAUGCGGCUCACUCUGCUGGCUGUGAUGCAGUGUGAUGCGGCUCACUCUGCUGGCUGUGAUGCAGUGUGAUGUUCCUCACUCUGCUGGCUGUGAUGCAGCUCACUCUGCUGGCUGUGAUGCGGCUCAGUCUGUAUUUGGUGCCUUUAUUUUGAUUACGACACUAUCUUAACAAUCGAGUCUGCAUCACAGCACUUCAUUUUAAACUUAGUUGGCAGAACAAAAAAGCAACACCUGUUAUUGUUACAAACCUUUUCUGUGGGUUAAAGAAAAAAAUUAACUUUAUAAAAUAGAUAUAAAAUGGUAAUGUGCUGAGGCAUAUUUUCCAGUCAUUAUUAUUUUGUUUAGAAUAUGUACAAUUAUAUGCUUUUGGUUUCUACUUCUUAAACAUUUCCAAUUUAACUGACAUUUCCAAUUUAACUGACAAAUAUAAUUAUUUGACUUGAAAUUAGAUGGAAUUGCCAACAGUGGAUUUGCUUAGUUUUGAUUAGUGAAAUGAAUCAAUAAAAAUCUUUGAAUUGCUUUUUGAGGUUUGAGUUUUAUUAAGCAUGAAAUAAUGUAAAAACUUGACUUACUAUUUGUAUUUAUUUUUGUUAACAUUAUGUAUUUGUGCCGAAAUGGAAACCAAAUAAAAUGAUGUGAAGAGUU